AUGGCUACUAGCAAGAAUUUCUUCGAGGACUAUAUACCGAAGUUCUCGCCCUCUGAAAUGUUCGAAGAGUUCUCUGACUUGAUCUUCCUGGCCUCUGGAAACUUCACAAACAUAUUCCUUACCACCGACAAACAUACUAAUGGCAAAAUGGUCCUCAAAUGUGCACGAAAGGAAGCCACGAAGAAGGAUGAAUUCCAACGGGAGUUUUACUACAACAAAAUGCUUAAUCCUCACCCCAAUAUUACGAUGUGUUUUGGUGACGUCUUUGAAAUCUGUGGAUAUUAUGUAUUCGCUCAAGAAUUAGCUGCUGCAGGGGACCUGUCAGAGCUGCUCGCCCGUGGUGCCCUUGAAGAGCGACAGGUCUGGUAUAUUGCAGAGCAGCUUUCCUUCGCCCUCGAGUACAUGGACGAUAAGGGCUUGGUCCACUGUAAUGUGUGCUUAGAAAACAUUCUCGUGUUUCAUGCAGAAACAUGCCGUGUUAAGUUAAACGACUUUGGGCGAACGACGCAGAAAGGGAGUGUGGUGAAAAGUUUAUGUUUGCAAGAUUCGUGGGCGCCCCCGGAGGUGAGGCGUGUCUCACCACCGUACGAGGAAACUUACCAUGCCCACCCUUCACUGGAUGCCUGGCAUCUGACUAUCCUCCUCAUUGUUUGCUUGACAGGAUCGUAUCCCUGGUGCGCCGCCGACAUUACAGAUACAGUCUACAGCUCCUGGCUGGCGUGGACCUGGCGUAAAGCGUUCACCUUACCGUCAAUCUUCAAGCAUUUUACUCCUAGAUUUUUGUGCCUUCUGAAACGGUUGCUGGAACCCAAUCCCAAGAAACGCAUCUCAGUAAAGAAGAUCCAUAAAUAUGUUGGCGAUUCUUGGCUUAAGAAAGGCAGUGACUUACCAUCUACUGACAUGACAUUAUCAGCAAAACUAAUUCGUUAG